CGUCCCGGGGCGGUGCGACAUGGGGGUCACCUGCGUGUCGCAGGUGCCGGUGGCGGAGGGGAAGAGCGUGCAGCAGACGGUGGAGCUCUUGACGCGGAAGCUGGAACUGCUGGGGGCUGAGAAGCAGGGAACGUUCUGCGUGGACUGUGAGACCUACCACACCGCCGCCUCCACCAUCAGCAGCCAAGGGCAGACAGGCAAGCUGAUGUAUGUGAUGCACAACUCGGAGUACCCCCUCAGCUGCUUUGCUCUCUUUGAGAACGGUCCCUGCCUCAUAGCAGAUGCCAACUUUGAUAUCCUCAUGGUGAAGCUGAAAGGCUUCUUCCAGAAUGCCAAGGCCAACAAGAUCGAGAGCCGGGGCACCCGCUACCAGUACUGCGACUUCCUGGUGAAGGUGGGCACCGUGGCCAUGGGGCCCAGCGCCCGUGGGAUAUCUGUGGAGGGGAGCACAUUGACUGCAUGGUCAUCACUUCAGGGCUGUGCUUUCUGUUGCCAGGUGGAGUACUGCCCCUGUGUGAUAGCCAACGACUGCUGGAACCUGCUCAUGGAGUUCAUGCAGAGCUUCAUGGGAAACCACACUCCUGGCAUCCCUUCUGUGUUCAGCACCAAGCAUGACAGCAUGUACAGCCCAGCAGACACCAUGGUGCAGUACAUGGAGCUGUUCAACAAGAUCCGCAAGCAGCAGCAGGUUCCUGUGGCGGGGAUCAGGUGAAAGGAUUCCCUGGAGCUCGGUUUGCAGCCACUGCAGCCUCCUUUCUGCCUGCCCCUCUGCAUCAGGAGUCCCACCACCAUGUGGCACUGGAGGCAGCCCAAGUUUGGGGUUUGUUAUUUUUUGUCUUCUCAAUCUUUUUCCCCUGUUUCAAAGCCAAAGUCUUGAACAUUUGGUAGAUUUCUGGUUGUCUGCCUUCGUGGGUUUGAGUGUCUGGGCCCAGGCCUUUGGUUCUGCUGGUUCUUUGUGCAGUGCUUCAUCUGCAGGAGGGAAAAGGAGAAAUCCCAGCCCAGAGUGUGCAGAAGGGCAGCAUUUCCUUGACUGCAAAGAGCUGUGUGAGAGGUUUAUAUCUCCGUGUGAAAGUGUCUUGGUUUUUCUUUUUUCCACCCAAAUAAAAAGCUGUAUUUUUGGUGAGCAGUUGGGAGUCUUUCCAAGCAGCAAGAGUGCUGCUGCUUUGUGUUUGUGUCUUUACAGCUUCUGAGAUUUGCUGUUGCGUGGAGACAGUUACUCAGCAGAGCUUUAUCUUUGCUUUGGUUCAAGAGCUUUAUGCCCCUGAAGCAAACUAAUUUCCCUGUGGCAAAAUCUCCAGGAAUUCUUGCAUUCCUGUUAUGUGGGAUGUUCUUAGCUUGCCUUCAUCUUUUCUA